GAGAGGGCCCCUCUCCUCUGAACAUCUGGGAGGAAACGCCUUCUACCAGCUGCAGGAUGGGCAACAGCACGAGGAAGGUCAUCUCGGCUCUGUGCUUCCUGCUGCUUCUCCUCGAAGUCGGUUCUGCCAAGAAUAUCUGGAAACGGGCACUGCACACCAGGCUGGCAGAGAAAUCCCACGGGAUUCACAUUGCAGUAGAAGAGGCGGAGAAUAAGCGAGAAAUAAAAGUAGAACAUAUUUUAGAUUGGCUGGUACAGCCGAAACCUCGAUGGCUUGGUGGCAACGGCUGGCUCCUGGAUGGCCCCGAGGAGGUAUUACAAGCAGAGGCUUGCAGUACCACAGAGGACGGGGCGGAGCCACUUCUCUGUCCCUCAGGCUACGAGUGCCACAUCCUGAGCCCAGGUGACAUGGCUGAGGGCAUCCCGAACCGUGGACAGUGCGUCAAGCAGCGCCGGCAGGCAGAUGGGCGACUUCUACGACACACAUUUUACAAAGAGUAUCCAGAGGGUGACUCCAAAAAUGUGGCAGAACAUGGAAAAGGACAACAGAGGCACUUUCAAUAAAGUUAGGGAUGCGGACAGUUUGAAAAAACAUUCCUCCACUUUCCGCUAAGCCUCGGAAACAGUUGUGUAAAAAUGAUUCGACCUGCAGUGGUUAUGCGCAGCUCAGCAGAGCAUGACCCCAGAGAUACUUAGAGACAGGACACCUAGCUCUCAACCCCAGCACGGUCCCACCUUGGCUGGGUGACUUUGUGGGAGCCAUUUACCAGCACUGGGACCCUGUUUCGUCAUCCUGGAAACAAGGCACUCCUAGGAAUCUCAUUUGACCCUGCAGCCCCACAGAUCCUGCCCUGGGAAGAAGUCGCUGCCCUGUGAGCAUGAAGCCCUUUUCUAAGACAGAGUUCAGUGUCUUGUUAUUUACAGGUUUCUUCUAAGUCUGACUCUGGCAAUUAUGAACCCAACCCAAAUGUUCUCAAAAUAUAUUCGCUCAUCAUAAAAUGGAAAUGAACUUAA